CAUCCGUUCGAAAAACAACUCUAGGAACACAAUAAAAUUAAUUUCUCUACAAAUGAAUCAGUCCCAUAAGAUGGAGAAUUCUCGCCCAAAAUCUCUGGCAAAGCACUCUGUGCCCAAGGUGCAGAAGAAGUCCCCGAGGGAUGACUUCAAUCUGUGCGGCAAGCCCAGUUUCAUCGUUUGUAAGGGCCGAAGGAUUCCAGACCUCAACGAAGUGACCUCAGACAUCUCGGAUCUUGAGCAGAAGCAGGCCGGCGAGGAGGCCAUACUGAAGAUCCAGAGCAUAGUGAAACGUCAAAGCUGCAUCAUGUCAUGGGUGGACUGCAUUCUCUUCCGCAAGACGGAAGUCACCCAAGGUGUGAGCCAGAGCGCGGAUCCGGAGACAGACGAUUCCAUUGGCAAAUGAUGAGUUUUGAAAUUUUGAAUGUGAAAGAAAGAAAGUUCAUGGGAGUAGAUCUCUCCACAGAUGAAUGUCCUGAGAAAUCUUUAGAUUAAUAUAAUAAUACUUUAGUUCUUC